AUGGAGAGAGACUUGGAGGGUGAAAGGGAAUGGGUGCACGGGCCUCACCUACCUGGACAAAGAGACCGGGCCGUGCCCUGUGGCCCGACCCCACUGGCCAACAGCUGCAAUGAGCCCUGUGUCAGGCAGUGCCAGGACUCCACCGUCGUCAUCCAGCCCUCCCCCGUGGUGGUGACCCUGCCCGGACCCAUCCUCAGCUCCUUCCCACAGAGCACUGCCGUGGGAUCCUCCACCUCCGCUGCCGUUGGCAGCAUCCUCAGCUCUGCGGGAGUGCCCAUCUCCUCCGGGGGCUUUGGCCUCUCCGGCCUCUCUGGCUUGGGCAGCCGCCCCUGCGGCACAAGGUGCCUCCCCUGCUAA